ACUCUCUCUCACUCUUUCCCUGAGGAAAGGCUGAUACUUAAGAGGGUUGAUCUAUCCUGAGGAAUUCAGUGCACAACGCCUUAACCGCCGUCAUAGUGUCACUCAUGAUGUACAGCUUCAUGGGAGGGGGCCUGUUCUGUGCCAUCGUGGGGAACAUCUUGCUGGUGGUCUCCACAGCCACAGACUACUGGAUGCAGUACCGUCUGUCGGGCAGCUUUGCCCAUCAGGGCUUGUGGAGGUACUGCAUGUCCGGCAAGUGCUACAUGCAGACUGACAGCAUUGCCUACUGGAAUGCCACUCGUGCCUUCAUGAUCCUGUCUGCCAUGUCAUGCUUUGCCGGCAUCAUUGCAGGAAUCCUCUCCUUCGCCCAUUUCUCUGCCUUUGAGAGGUUCAACCGCUCAUUUGCUGCUGGGAUCAUGUUUUUCGUUUCAACUCUCUUUGUUCUGCUUGCAAUGGCCAUUUACACCGGGGUGACAGUGAAUUUCCUGGGCAAGCGCUUUGGUGACUGGCGUUUCUCUUGGUCCUACAUACUAGGCUGGGUGGCACUGCUCAUGACCUUCUUUGCAGGUAUAUUCUACAUGUGCGCCUACAGAAUGCAUGAGUGCAGAAGAGUGGCCGGCCCACGUUAAAGGAACAGGAAACAACGUGCUGAGGCUGCACAGGAUAUCCAUUCACAUCUAAAGAUAGAGAGCUUACAGGAAAAAACACAAAAUAAAAUUUGGAAAUUUGCAUAUGUGCCAAACAUGUCUUGUGGUUUUCUUAUAAAAUGGUGAUGAAU